AUGAAAGAUCUUGGAUCUUUAAGUUAUUUUAUUGGCAUCGAAGUUGGCAUGUCACCCAAUGGUUAUUUCGUAUCACAAGUCAAAUAUGCAUCUGAGAUUAUACAGCGUGCAGGGCUAUCUGACAAUAAGGUAACUGACACACCUCUUGAAUUUAAUGUAAAAUAUAGUCCUACAAAUGGGAAUAUAUUGUCUAGUCCAACACUGUAUCUUCAACUAGUAGGGAGUCUAAAUUACUUGACCAUUACGAGACCAGACAUAAGUCAUGCAGUUCACAUAGUCAGUCAGUUUAUGUAUACUCCAAGGUCUACUCAUUAUGCAGCUGUUCUCAUAAUUCUAAGAUAUAUCAAGGGGUCUCUUCAUCAAGGUAUGUGUUUCUUAUCAAAGUCUGAUCUCACUCUUCAAGCUUACUCAGAUUCCGAUUGGGUUGGGGAUAUUACGGAUAAAAAAUCUAUUACAGGCUAUUGUGUGUUCUUGGGAGACUCGUUGAUUUCAUGGAGAAGUAAGAAACAAAGUGUGGUUUCUCGUUCAAGUGCUGAAGCAGCGUAUAGAGAACUUGCUCACACCACAUCUGAACUCAUUUGGUUACGGUGGCUACUUCGUGAUAUGGGAGUUCUAAUUUCUGCUCUUACAUAA